AUGGCGCCGUUUCGAAACUCUUUGGGCUGCUGUGGACGCAAGGACGCACGUAGUUUGCAUUCUAAUUGUACCGCCUGGCUGUCGUAUAUAACUCUUCUCCUACCAUCCCAGAGUAUUAGUUGUCUGUGCUUGCUGCUAGCAUUGGUGGCCUUCGCGUUUGCGGCUCCAGCUGAGGACAGGCAGAAGAGAUCCUACUAUUACGCCGCCGCAUACCCCUAUUACUCCUACUACUCAGCAGCACCACUGGCUUACGCAUCCAAUUAUGUGGGUGUCCCAGGAUUUGCUUCAAGAUACUCAUAUUAUUCAGCCCCACUCGUUUACGUUAGGUAGAUUGCUGUAAUGGAAGAUGAUGGAUGCUUAAACAUCAAAUAGAAUACGGAUGCUUAUAAAUUAUAUUUACAUGCACCUCCAAAAAUUUCUGUACACAUGUGUUGAGUUAAAAUUAACAAAGAAUUAAACUAUCCACCAGCUCAGUCUUAAUUCUGUUUGGUUAAAAUUUUUCAAUAAGAAUAUUUUUCACAUCAAUCGAAAUUCAUAAUGAACGAAAGAAGAAAAACACUAUGUUCAAAUUAUAAACUCAACUAUUCACUAGAUAAAGAUUUGAAGAAUAAUCUUUUGAAUUUGAAAGUUUUGUUCAAUUCUUCUUUAUAUAUAUUUUUUUUUUUAUUUCGUUUCAUAAAAAAAAAAAAUUAUUUGUAAGAUAUUAAAAAGUCUUCAGAAAGUAAUUUACAGAGCUAAAUCUGUAUUUAUCCAAAUUAUGUAAUACUAGUAUAUUAAAUGUAUGCUACAACAUUGUAAAAAUUUAAGUCAUUAUUAUGUGGAUAAAUUAUAUGAAACCAAAAUCAUGUGUGAAUUAUUUUAAUAUCCCAAUAAAUCAUUUUGUUUAACCUAAAAUAUCGAGGAUUAAAUUUACAGAUGUUGCAAGUGCGUAUUUUAUAGGUAGUUUGCAA